AACAAGGGCGCGCUGCUUAUUCAGUAACAUCUCUAUCAACAACUUACAACUAUCAGUACAUUUGCUUCAGGAUAUUAUUUAAUGUCUAUAGUAAAAAGAAAUGAACUGUAGAAAAGAGCAAAUUGCUCAAUUGAACAUACAUCACUGUCAUCAUACGCGGAGUGGACGCGACUGAUUUUGGUGUUCGUGGAUCCGUAAAUGGAUUCUUUAGAUCCCGUUUUCUCCAAAACAAGGAUUUAUUACAGCUUGUUAGAUCAUUAGAAAACAUAGAACUUCCUUUUUACGUUUGUGCAUUAAACUCAAAAUGUUAUUCUGGGUCAAUCUGGGCAGUCACACACCGGAUCUGGAUCUAUAUGAAAUCUAUAUUGAGUUUUGUGAUGUCAUGCAGAGCACGGGCCGUGUGAUCGGCUCUUGUUUAGAUUGAAGUUCUCGGUGCUUUUCAACCGUGUUAAAGGACACACCGCUAAUGAUGCAGACCUCAUUAUCUUUACAUGUCUCCAAUUCAGGAAGCGUCUCAUGUCCCGAGUGUCAUGUUUAUGUGACAGAUUCUAACAUCUGAGAGGGGCUAGAAAUGUAAAAUAGGCCCCUCACAAGCGUUCAUGCUCCGCGUGAGUCACCUGCUCUCCUUUCUGUCAUUUUCUCCUCUGGAGGAUGAAACAUUGUGUCUCAGAUGUCUUGUCGAUAAGCACAGGAAGUGGUGAUGUGUGUUUGCGUGUGUUGAUGGCGUCCGUUGCUGACAGGAUGUUACAGUUGUGUGUCAGUUUUGCCCAUUUCACAGAUGGAAAAUUGCUCCGCAGUAGAGAAGAACCUGGCGUAUUUAUAUGUAAAACCCACCUUCCUCUGAACGUCCCGCCAGCGGAUCAAACGUAUUGCUAAAUUACUCGCCAGACAUGUGCGCGGGGUUAUACGUGGCCUCCACUGGUGGUUUUGUAUAAAACUGUGGACAAACCAAAACAUUAAAGGUCAAGGAUGAAAGGUGGAGGUUGGGCAGGGAGGUGUAGUCCCCGCUAGAUUCACCAUCAUCAUCAUCAUCAUCAUCAUCUCUCUUGGUUGUUCCACCUGCGGUCAUCAUGUCCAAUCACCUGGAGUUGCUGACAGAGCUGCAGCAGCUGGAUAAGGUGCCCAGUCUCGAACGCCUACGAGCCGCUCAGAAACGCCGCACGCAGCAGCUCAAGCAAUGGGCCGUUUAUGAGAAGGACAUGCAAAACAAGAAGCGCAAGGCCGACAAGCGCUGUGCCAACGGUAACCAUGGAAACAUAGCGGAGAACCGUAGAAGGGUUUCGUUUGCGGCGAGCGUUGCUUUGUUGGAGGUCUCGGCGAGAAACGAUCCAGAUGAAGUGCGAUAUCUACUGAAGAACAACAUUAGUCCUGAUCUGAGUAAUGAAGACGGUCUGACAGCGCUGCACCAGUGUUGUAUUGAUAACUAUGAAGACAUGGUGCAGAUCUUACUGGCUCACGGAGCGACUGUAAACGCUCAGGACAACGAGCUCUGGACGCCGCUGCACGCUGCUGCCACCUGCGGGCACACGGGACUCGUCAAGAUCCUCAUACAGCAUGGUGCUGACCUGCUAGCUGUGAACUCUGAUGGCAACAUGCCCUAUGACCUCUGUGAGGAUGACCCCACGCUCGACAUUAUCGAGACCGCCAUGGCCAAUCGAGGCAUCACGCAGGAGAUGAUCAAUGAGACGCGAGCGGCGGUGGAGAGGAGGAUGCUGGGAGAUAUUCAGAACAUCCUGCUGGACGGAGCGGACAUCAACAAACAAGACUCGCAGGGCGCUACACUGCUUCAUGUCGCUGCAGCGAACGGUUACGCACAGGCCGCAGAACUGCUGUUAGAGGGCGGAGCCAGAACAGACAAGAGAGAUGCUGAUGGGUGGCAACCGUUGCACGCUGCUGCAUGCUGGGGACAGGUUCAUGUGGCAGAGCUGCUCGUGUCUCAUGGUGCCAAUCUAAAUGCCAAAACACACAUGGAGGAGACGCCCAUCGAUCUGUGUGAGGACGAGGAGUUCAGGAAUCAUCUACUGGAACUGAAGCACAAGCACGACAUCAUCAUGAAGUCACAGCUCAAACACAAGACGUCACUGUGUCGCAGAACCAGCAGUACAGGCAGCCGCGGGAAGGUGGUGAGGAGGGCGAGUCUGUCAGACAGACAUAAUCUGUGCAGGAAAGAGUAUCAGACAGAAGCAAUCGUGUGGAGAGGGAGAGAAAAGGAGAGAGAACGAGAGUCUGACCAGGAGAACAGCCAAUCAACUUGGUCUGAUGAAGCCCAUCCAGCUCCUGGAAUCCUGAAGGAAGUAGGUCGACGAAACGGCAACAUCUCCACCAGCACGACCCCUGCUGAGCCGCCUGCUCCUAACGGUGACCCCGUGACCCCUGAACGUCAUGACCUCACCCCGUCCACUGAGGAGUGUAAUCCCAAAGAGCCACACGCUCAGACGCUGUCCGAACUCAAAAAGAAGCGCGCUGCCGCCAAACUCCUCAACGGUCACCUGGGCAACGGCUCCACUGUUUCCAUGGAGACCAAAGGCAGUGUCGAGGAUCCGCACAUGCCGCUGGUAUCGUCCAAUGGCAGCGCAGUUUACUUCACGCCCGCCAGCGGGGACCCGCCCCUUUACAUAUUCAAGCAGCCAAUAGAAGACGAGGAUCCCAAAACUCACGGCUGCUGCUGCAUCUCAUAGAGAGCGUCAGUCAAAGGAUUCCAAGCGUCUGAUUGGCUGGAAAUUAAACACGUAGCAGAACUCUCUGCCGCCCACUAGUGGAAUUGAUCCCGCAUUUCACCCGCCAGAGAUUUCCCCUCUGUGAUCGUCCGUCCCGCUCCAAACCCGUACAUUUCAGGAGGCGUUCCGCUGAAGAAAUGCAGGAAGGAAACGGAAGCCGUGUGAGAUAAACGUAAUGUAAAAGAAAGUGAAACGUGAGGUACGGUUGAGUUACUUCAAUAGUAAUCCACUACUGUUAAAUUUUCGAAGAAAUAUGAAGUUGAGUAUCGUCGACAUAACGGUGAAAAAUUAUUCCACAAUUCCCGAUAAUAUCUCCCAGAGGAAGCAUAUAUAAGGAGAAAAGUAGAGGCCCUAAAAGUGUUCCCUGCGGCACUCCAUACGUAACUUUAGUUUGAUCUGACUCAGCACCUUACAUUUCUCUUUCACAUGCGGCGUGACCUCUCGAUGAACUCGAAACAGGAAAAGGAAGUGCUGAAAUAAGGAUGGAAAAUUGCACAGUUGUCCCUCAUUCAGGUUUCACAGGUUAUAUCUGACACACUUUUUCACUUCCGGCAUCGAUUCUGAGCAACUAUGAAGAUCUCAUUCAACUUAAUGUACGAUUGUGCUUUAAACCAACUCAUGAUGAUGACCACAUCGGACUCAAAUCAAAAGAAAAUGAAUGUUUUGUGCUGCAUGGGAUGCACAAGUCAAUGAAAUCAGCGUUCAGGGAACGUCGCAGCAGAUCUCGUGCUGUUGAACGGUUUGGAAACGCCGAUUUACACGGAACAGAAUAAAUCAGUAACAGUAUUUCUGUUGCCGGUUGUGAUUGUGAGGCGACAGACCCAGAAGUGUUUGUGUACAGUAUUUAUUUGUAUAUGUGCAUAGAAGCCACUGUACUAUAAGAUGAAUUAUUUAUUGUAUUGCCGAGUGAUGAACUGACCGCAAAUCUAUAUCUGAUGAUUUAUGAAGGCGUCCUUUAAGUCUGUUUUCAGACGGCAGUAUUUUUGUAUGACAGUGUUAUGGAAGCCCUGCAUGUGCAUUAGAAGGAAAUACAGUCUAUAUUGUAUUAUUCAUCGUAUGUUCAGUGUUUCAUAAGAGGGUUCAAGGGUCAAGAGCACAGGGAUGGGUUUGUAUGGGAGAGUUGUCGAGGUCGGCCUGUAGUUCAUUUGUCUGAAACCGAUAACGAAGGUGGCGAAAAGGGCAGAUAACCGAUUAAUCGGCCAAAAUUGAUUUACAGAAUGUCAGAAAAAUUUCGUAUUUUUUUUCUUCGCAUGGCAGACACAGAAAAGAGUCUAAAAUUAAUUACAUCCCAGAUGCGGUUUAUUGUUUAAUUAAAAUUAGAUUUAGACUGAUAUAUCGGUUUUACCGAUUAAUCGGUACCGAUAGUUGCUUUUGGAACUGCUUUUUUUUUUCUCUGUGUUCCUCUACAAUUAUAUAUAUAUAUAUAUACAUUAAAUAUAAAACAUUGUAACAAAGUGUCCGUCAUUUCAAGACAAAAUCUGCUGUCAUUUUUGGGCUUGUUUAUUUAGUUAAAAGUUUCUGGUUAUGCACCAAAUCAAUAUUUUAUCGGCAUUUUCCAUCACCUUAGUCUUUUCCAUAUCUGCAAAAUCAACUAUCGAGGUAACAAAAAUCUUAAUAACCAGAAUGUUUUUGAAAUAAAAUUUAAAUAGUAUAAACAAGCCCAAAGCACAACGGGGACUCUUAUUUUGAAGAGUAUUUUCAGCAACUGUCGGCACCGAUUAAUCGGUCAAACUAAUAUAUCGGUCUUCCUCUAUAGAGAAGUAUAUCUAGAUGAUAUAACCCUCGUUCUGUAAAAUAAAACCUUUGGUAGAAGAAAAUGCAAAUAUUAUGAGAUAUAAGUAUUCCACAUAUCUUCUUAUCUUGACUGGAUUAUUAUUUGAUUUGUACAGUUCUGCCUAGGUAGCUCUGUCUAUUUCCUGCCACUUUCCUAUUGGGUGCCAAAGUCUUCCAGAAGAUGUACAUCAGAAACAGCCAAUCAGGUCCCAGGAACACUCCCAUAGCCCCUCCCUCUUCUCAACACUCGCCCUAUAGAGCUGUUCAGACGUUAUGUCAAUUUGUGUACAAACACGGAGAGCUAUUUCACCAUACAAGUCUCCUAUGCUUAUUUUUUUUAUAUAUAUAUUAUUUUUAAAAUAGUCAAAUAAGAUCUGUGGUGAAAAUGACUUGGAAGUGACUUUCACGUUUUGUUCUAGAAGCAUGUUGCUGAAUAAGGACUACAAUAGUCGUCCAUUGUGUAAAGCACGUAGCUCAGACGCUGAUGGGAGUUGUAGUCCUUAAUUAGCAUUGUGCUAGCAAUGUGCAUUUAAAAAAAAAACACAGUAGCUUAAAAAUGAACAUGAGAUUUACAGACAAAAUAUUAAAGUCGCUUCAAGUUAUUUUGACUCAUUAAUCUAAAACUGCUAUUAUAAAAACUCAUCUGUCUUGAAAAUGUUAAUUGUCUUCCGGGUUUUCGGACUACAACCUGAACAGCUCUAUUCAUUCGUCACUUUACAGAGCCGGAAAACAAAUGUAAAUAAUCGUUGGUAUUUGAUUUCCUUUUGAUUGUGAAUGUAAUAGUGAAAUGCAAUAUGGCCGUAAUAUGACUCGAUAUUACUGUGACACUGAAACGCUUCAUACUGUAUCAGUCGGAGGCCAACAUGUGCUAACAUUACCGGCUUUAUAUGAACAAAGGACUGUUUUAAGGGUUUAUGAAGGUGCCCACAGACGAACACACAAAACUGUCACUGUUGUCACGACAGUCGUAGCGUACAGUCGUACAGUAUUCCUGUAGCGUAUCACAAAUGUAAAUAGAAAUAUGACUGAUGAUAUUUAGCCUCAAGAGUUUUGCUUCCAUUUUUACUGUGUUAAACCGUCUCUGUUUGGACGUGUAAUGCCUCGCUCACCAUAAAGGGAAAAGAUGAUCACAACUACUGAUUUUAUAAUUACUGGAAUACACUGAUCACUGUAUUAACAUUUUCAAUAAAUUGUAUAUUUGGAUCAGUUUCUAAAACAGUCUUGUUUCUUGACUCCAUUUACCCAAACUCUGUUUGCUUCACACUGACAUUAUUGUCAUGAUAGUGAUGAACA